AUGUCGAUGUUCUGCCAGUAUCAUGUAGGAAACAGUAGACUGUAUAUUCCUCCAGAUCUCUGUGUCUGCAAUUUUGUGCUGGAACAGUCCCUCUCUGUCAGAGCCCUGCAGGAAAUGCUUGCCAACACAGGUGAAAAUGGCGGCGAAGGGGCAGCACAAGGGGGUGGCCACAGGACUUUGCUAUAUGGCCAUGCAAUUCUUCUGAGACACUCUUUCAGCGGAAUGUAUCUAACAUGUUUGACUACAUCAAGAUCCCAGACAGAUAAACUUGCCUUUGAUGUAGGUCUGCGGGAGCAUGCCACAGGAGAAGCCUGUUGGUGGACUAUACAUCCUGCUUCCAAACAGAGGUCCGAGGGAGAGAAAGUUCGAAUUGGCGAUGACCUCAUCCUUGUCAGUGUGUCCUCUGAAAGAUAUCUUCAUCUCUCAGUAUCAAAUGGUAACAUACAAGUGGAUGCCUCCUUUAUGCAAACACUCUGGAAUGUACAUCCUACAUGCUCAGGAAGUAGCAUCGAAGAAGGAUACCUGCUUGGUGGGCAUGUAGUACGUCUUUUCCAUGGUCACGAUGAGUGUUUGACGAUACCAUCUACAGACCAGAAUGAUUCCCAGCACAGGAGGAUAUUCUAUGAAGCUGGGGGAGCUGGGACACGAGCCAGGUCUCUAUGGAGAGUGGAACCCCUUCGGAUAAGCUGGAGUGGCAGUAACAUCAGAUGGGGCCAGCCUUUCCGACUCCGGCAUCUCACCACAGGCCACUACCUGGCCUUGACAGAGGACCAAGGCCUUAUACUGCAAGACCGGGGAAAGUCAGACACCAAGUCCACAGCUUUCUCUUUUCGGGCAUCAAAGGAAAUCAAGGAGAAAUUGGAUUCUAGUCAUAAGCGAGAUAUAGAAGGCAUGGGAGUUCCAGAAAUCAAGUAUGGUGAUUCCAUCUGCUUUGUCCAGCAUAUAGCCAGUGGACUGUGGGUAACAUACAAAGCACAAGAUGCCAAAACAUCCCGCCUGGGACCUCUGAAAAGAAAGGUCAUUCUCCAUCAGGAAGGUCACAUGGAUGAUGGAUUAACACUGCAGAGAUGCCAGCGUGAGGAGUCCCAGGCUGCUCGGAUCAUCCGGAACACAACAGCUUUAUUCAGCCAGUUUGUCAGUGGAAACAAUCGCACAGCCGCCCCCAUCGCCCUACCUAUAGAAGAGGUCCUGCAGACCCUACAGGACUUAAUUGCCUACUUCCAGCCCCCAGAGGAAGAGAUGCGGCAUGAAGAUAAGCAGAACAAGCUCCGCUCACUCAAAAACAGACAGAAUCUUUUCAAGGAAGAGGGAAUGUUGGCCCUUGUCUUAAAUUGCAUUGAUCGCUUAAAUAUCUACAAUAGCGUGGCACACUUUGCAGGGAUUGCAAGGGAAGAGAGUGGCACGGCCUGGAAAGAAAUUCUGAACCUCCUCUACAAAUUGUUGGCUGCUCUCAUUCGUGGAAACAGAAACAAUUGUGCUCAAUUUUCCAAUAACCUUGAUUGGCUCAUUAGUAAAUUGGACAGACUAGAAUCUUCCUCAGGUAUCUUGGAAGUUUUGCACUGCAUCUUGACUGAAAGCCCAGAAGCCUUAAAUUUGAUAGCAGAGGGCCACAUCAAGUCCAUCAUCUCCUUGUUGGAUAAGCAUGGGCGGAAUCACAAGGUUCUGGAUGUCCUGUGUUCCCUCUGUCUCUGCAAUGGGGUCGCAGUGAGAGCCAAUCAGAAUCUGAUCUGUGACAACUUGCUACCCCGGAGAAACCUGCUCCUGCAGACACGACUGAUUAAUGAUGUGACCAGUAUUCGACCAAACAUCUUCCUGGGAGUUGCAGAGGGCUCAGCCCAGUACAAGAAGUGGUACUUCGAACUGAUUAUUGACCAGGUGGACCCCUUUCUAACACCAGAACCCACACAUCUGCGUGUGGGCUGGGCCUCUUCCUCAGGCUAUGCCCCAUACCCAGGAGGUGGAGAAGGAUGGGGAGGCAAUGGUGUUGGUGAUGACCUGUACUCCUAUGGAUUUGAUGGACUUCACCUUUGGUCUGGCCGGAUACCCAGGGCUGUGGCCUCCAUCAACCAGCACCUCCUAAGAUCAGAUGACGUGGUGAGCUGCUGUCUGGACCUUGGAGUGCCCAGCAUCUCUUUCCGCAUCAAUGGGCAGCCUGUGCAGGGGAUGUUUGAGAACUUCAACACUGAUGGGCUCUUCUUCCCUGUGAUGAGCUUUUCAGCAGGUGUCAAAGUACGUUUCCUAAUGGGUGGACGUCAUGGAGAAUUCAAGUUCCUGCCUCCCUCUGGCUAUGCCCCUUGCUAUGAAGCCUUACUUCCAAAAGAGAAGAUGAGAUUGGAGCCUGUCAAAGAAUAUAAACGUGAUGCCGAAGGCGUUAGAGAUCUGUUGGGUACCACCCAGUUCCUCUCCCAAGCCUCUUUCACCCCAUGCCCCAUAGAUACCAGUCAGGUUGUUUUGCCACCUCACCUGGAGAAGAUCCGAGACAGACUGGCUGAAAACAUCCACGAGCUUUGGGGAAUGAAUAAAAUAGAGCUUGGCUGGACUUUUGGCAAGAUACGAGAUGACAAUAAGAGACAACAUCCAUGCCUUGUGGAGUUUUCAAAGCUCCCUGAAACCGAGAAGAAUUAUAACCUGCAAAUGUCAACUGAAACCUUAAAAACCCUCUUGGCUCUGGGGUGCCAUAUUGCUCAUGUUAAUCCAGCUGCUGAGGAAGAUCUCAAGAAAAUCAAACUGCCCAAAAACUACAUGAUGUCCAAUGGCUAUAAGCCAGCCCCUUUGGAUUUGUCUGAUGUGAAACUGUUGCCUCCUCAAGAAAUUUUAGUGGAUAAGCUUGCAGAAAAUGCACAUAAUGUUUGGGCAAAAGACAGAAUAAAACAAGGAUGGACCUAUGGCAUUCAACAGGAUUUGAAGAACAAGAGAAAUCCCCGUCUGGUGCCAUAUGCAUUACUGGACGAGCGGACCAAGAAGUCAAACAGGGACAGUCUGCGUGAAGCUGUGCGCACUUUUGUUGGUUACGGGUACAACAUUGAGCCAUCAGACCAAGAACUAGCUGACCCCGCUGUGGAGAAAGUCAGCAUAGACAAGAUCCGAUUUUUCCGGGUAGAGCGGUCUUAUGCGGUGAAAUCUGGAAAGUGGUAUUUUGAGUUUGAAGUGGUGACUGGAGGAGACAUGCGGGUUGGCUGGGCCAGGCCAGGCUGUCGGCCUGACAUUGAGCUGGGGGCCGAUGACCAAGCCUUCGUGUUUGAAGGCAGCAGGGGCCAGCGUUGGCAUCAAGGGAGUGGAUAUUUUGGACGUACUUGGCAGCCAGGAGAUGUGGUCGGAUGUAUGAUUAAUCUGGAUGAUGCCUCAAUGAUCUUCACACUGAAUGGGGAGCUGCUGAUCACCAACAAAGGCUCUGAACUUGCCUUUGCAGACUAUGAGAUUGAGAAUGGCUUUGUGCCCAUCUGCUGUCUGGGGCUAUCUCAGAUCGGCCGCAUGAAUCUCGGGACAGAUGCCAGUACCUUCAAGUUUUAUACCAUGUGUGGCCUCCAAGAGGGCUUUGAGCCUUUUGCUGUCAACAUGAACCGAGAUGUUGCAAUGUGGUUCAGCAAGCGCCUCCCGACGUUUGUCAAUGUGCCAAAGGAUCAUCCACACAUAGAGGUGGUGCGGAUUGAUGGCACCAUGGACAGCCCUCCCUGCCUCAAGGUGACUCACAAGACAUUUGGCACACAGAACAGCAAUGCCGAUAUGAUCUAUUGCCGCCUGAGCAUGCCUGUCGAGUGCCACUCCUCCUUCAGCCACAGCCCCUGUCUGGACAGUGAUGCUUUCCAGAAAAGGAAACAGAUGCAAGAAAUACUCUCUCAUACAACAACACAAUGCUACUAUGCCAUCCGCAUCUUUGCCGGACAGGACCCUUCCUGCGUCUGGGUUGGAUGGGUGACCCCAGACUAUCACUUGUACAGUGAAAAGUUUGACCUGAAUAAAAACUGCACAGUGACUGUCACCCUGGGGGAUGAAAGAGGCCGGGUCCAUGAAAGUGUGAAACGCAGCAACUGCUACAUGGUCUGGGGUGGGGACAUCGUGGCCAGUUCCCAGAGAUCAAGUCGGAGCAACGUGGACCUGGAGAUCGGCUGUCUCGUGGAUCUGGCAAUGGGCAUGUUGUCUUUCUCAGCCAAUGGGAAAGAACUCGGCACCUGCUACCAGGUGGAGCCCAAUACCAAAGUAUUUCCAGCAGUUUUCCUGCAGCCUACAAGUACUUCUUUGUUUCAGUUUGAACUUGGGAAGCUGAAGAAUGCAAUGCCCCUGUCGGCAGCCAUAUUCAAGAGUGAAGAGAAGAACCCAGUCCCACAGUGUCCACCUCGGUUGGAUGUCCAAACCAUCCAGCCUGUGCUCUGGAGCCGCAUGCCCAACAGCUUCUUGAAGGUGGAAACAGAGCGCGUGAGUGAGCGCCACGGCUGGGUGGUGCAGUGCCUGGAGCCCCUGCAGAUGAUGGCACUCCACAUCCCCGAGGAGAACAGGUGUGUGGAUAUCCUGGAGCUCUGUGAGCAGGAGGACCUGAUGCAGUUCCACUACCACACACUGCGACUCUACAGUGCUGUGUGUGCCUUGGGAAACAACCGUGUGGCCUACGCCCUGUGCAGCCAUGUGGACCUCUCCCAGCUCUUCUCCGCCAUUGACAAUAGGUACCUCCCUGGCCUCCUUCGAUCAGGUUUCUAUGACCUGCUCAUCAGCAUUCACCUGGCCAACGCUAAGGAGAGGAAGCUGAUGAUGAAGAAUGAGUACAUCAUCCCCAUCACAAGCACUACCAGGAAUAUCCACCUGUACCCGGAUGAGUCCAAGAGGCAUGGACUGCCUGGGGUGGGCCUGAGAACGUGUCUCAAGCCCGGGUUCAGGUUCUCUACCCCUUGCUUUGUCAUGACCAGGGAGGAGUACCAGAAGCAGAGCCCUGAGAUUCCCUUGGAGAUUCUCAAAACGAAGGCACUGGGCAUGCUGACAGAGGCUGUGCAGUUCAGCGGGGCCCACAUUCGGGACCCCGUCGGGGGGUCUGUGGAGUUCCAGUUUGUACCUGUGCUGAAACUCAUUGGAACCCUGCUGGUCAUGGGGGUGUUCGAUGAUGAUGAUGUUCGGCAGAUCCUCCUCCUGAUCGAUCCCUCUGUGUUCGGGGAGCACAGUGGGGAGACAGAGUGGGGAGCAGAAAAGGAGGAAGUGACCCAAGUGGAGGAGAAGGCAGUGGAGGCUGGGGAGAAAGCCAGCAAAGAAGCCCCCGUCAAAGGCUUGUUGCAGACCCGAUUACCAGAGUCCGUCAAGCUGCAGAUGUGUGAGCUCCUCAGCUAUCUCUGCGACUGUGAGCUGCAGCACCGAGUAGAGGCCAUUGUGGCAUUUGGUGACAUUUAUGUCUCCAAGCUGCAGGCAAAUCAGAAGUUCCGCUACAAUGAGCUCAUGCAGGCCCUGAACAUGUCCGCGGCUCUGACAGCUCGAAAGACCAGGGAGUUCCGCUCACCCCCACAGGAGCAGAUCAACAUGCUUCUUAACUUUCAACUGGGAGAGAAUUGCCCCUGCCCAGAGGAGAUUCGGGAGGAGCUGUAUGACUUCCAUGAGGACCUUCUCCUUCACUGUGGUGUUCCCUUGGAGGAAGAAGAAGAGGAAGAGGAAGAUACCUCCUGGACAGGAAAACUCUGUACCUUGGUGUAUAAAAUCAAAGGCCCACCCAAGCCAGAGAAGGAGCAGCCGACAGAGGAGGAGGAGAGAUACCCUAUUUUGGAUGGCAUUGGUCAAGAAUUGGGUUAUAAAUUUUUCUUUCAUCCCUGGGGUGAGGCCACAUCCCGGGAUGUGUGGCUGAAACUCCUCAGUGCCCGUACAUCCACCUCUUUCACAGCGGCUGCCACAGAUGUCCCUCGGUGCUUGCUGUUUGUAGCAGCAGCAACGGCAGCAGCUGAAACCGCCCUGCCAGACCCACGCCCUUCCCACG